GCGCGCUGGUGCGGGCCGGGCCGGGCGGCCGCUCCCCUCGCUGGCAGUGCUCGCUAAGAUGGCGGACUUCCUGCCGUCCCGCUCCGUGCUGUCGGGCUGCUUCCCCGGCUGCCUGCUCACCAGCGGUGAGGCCGAGCAGCAGCGCAAGUCCAAGGAGAUCGACAAGUGCCUCAACCGCGAGAAGACGUACGUGAAGCGCCUCGUCAAGAUCCUGCUGCUGGGCGCGGGCGAGAGCGGCAAGUCCACCUUUCUCAAGCAGAUGCGGAUCAUCCACGGGCAGGACUGGGACCGGGCGGCCCGCGAGGAGUUCCGAGCCACCAUCUACAGCAACGUGAUCAAAGGUGUGAGAGUCCUCGUAGAUGCCAGAGAGAAACUUCAUAUCCCUUGGGGAGAUCCUGCUAACCAGAGCAAUGGAGAUACCAUGAUGGCUUUUGAUACUCGGUCGGUGACGGUGGUGCAGGGCAUGGUGGAGACAGCGGUGUUCCUGCAGUACCUGCCAGCCAUCAGAGCUCUGUGGGCAGACAGCGGCAUCCAGCACGCCUACGACAGGCGCAGAGAGUUCCAGCUGGGAGAAUCUGUAAAGUAUUUCUUGGACAACUUGGACAAACUUGGAGAACAAGAUUACCUUCCCUCCCAGCAAGACAUCCUGCUGGCACGGAGGCCCACUAAAGGGAUCCACGAGUACGACUUUGAAAUUAAAAAUGUCCCUUUCAAAAUGGUUGAUGUUGGUGGCCAAAGGUCAGAACGGAAACGUUGGUUUGAAUGCUUCGACAGCGUCACAUCAAUACUCUUCCUUGUUUCCUCGAGUGAGUUUGACCAGGUGCUGAUGGAGGAUCGGCAAACGAAUCGCCUGACGGAAUCCCUGAACAUUUUUGAAACGAUAGUCAAUAACCGGGUUUUCAGCAACGUCUCAAUCAUUCUCUUCUUAAACAAGACGGACUUGCUUGAGGAAAAAGUACAAAAAGUGAGCAUCAAAGACUAUUUUCCAGAGUUUGAAGGGAAUCCCCACUGCUUAACAGAUGUUCAAAAAUUCCUGGUGGAUUGUUUUCGUACGAAACGCCGGGACCAGCAGCAGAAGCCCCUCUACCACCACUUCACCACUGCUAUUAACACAGAAAACAUCCGGCUAGUUUUCCGUGAUGUUAAGGAUACCAUCCUUCACGACAACCUCAAGCAGCUUAUGUUACAGUGAUGUGCAAAAAGACAUUGUUAUUGGAAUAACUUUUGUGUGUCGGUUGGUUUUUUUUUUAACUAGAAGUUUACAGCAGGAGUAGAGAAAUCCAGAUCCUGUCAGACUUCUUGAUAUGUGGCUAAAAGCUGCUGCUGAACACAUUAUUGCCAAUUUCUGCAGAAAUCCAGGCUUAAUCUCUUCCAGUGUAGCUUCAAGUUGACUCAAGUUGUAAUUCUAUAGCAGACCUAUGUCUAAGUUACCUGUAAAGUGAUUGAUUUGACCUUUUACAAACAUGUAUGCUAUCCUAGAAAAUUCAUCCCACCUUCAGAAUUCCAAAUCCAAACUUCAGUGAAAUUGUUGCAAUUGUUAGACUGUGACAGUAAUUUAAGGGGGGGGUGGGGGUGUGGAGGAACUUUUCACAUCUGACUUCAUUACAAAAGACUGUGAUACCAUAGCUGACUUAAAAUGUCUCAGGUCUAUUGUUGGUUAGAAAAUCCCAUCAACCCUUGCUGGAACCAUCUGUUUGAAGCCAGGAUCCCUGGGUGUAACGUACUUCCUGUUCCAGUACAAAUCUUUGUGCGGGGUUUGACUUAGGAAGUGCUUUAAAAAUACUUGGAUUGGGAGCUUCAGAUGUGUGUGGCAGGAAGUACUAACGCAGGCAGAAGUCUGGUGACGAGGAGCUUGUGAAUGGCACAGUACACGGUUGCGCUCUGUCGCGUUGUACGUACGUCUGGGAGCCGUGGCAAAGCACAGAGCACUAUGAUACAGUCUGAUGUGGGAAGGGGGAGCAAGCUAAACUUGUAAUUCUUAUCUUCACUAACCAGAUGUUACGUGUAGGUACCUUAUACCUGCUCUUGAAGCGCUUUAAUAUAGCACUGGUUUCUUCUUUCCUUUCUUCAUGACUCCUUACAACGUGCCUCAUCUUUAUCGGUAAGCGUUUGGUGACGGAUAGAAGUACUUACAAACCUAAGUGCCUCCUUGUGUCCUGUCCUCCUACGGUAUCUUCAGUGGCCUUAUGUGAGCAUAUGUGUUCCCAGCAGAGGCCUUGUGUAGCUGACACAGUGAAGAUGAAUGUUUUCUUCUGAGAAAGAAAAAACAAAAAGGACAUGUCACAGCAGAACGUGCUUCAGCUGGUGAGGUUCUUCCUGAGACUUUCCAACUGGGUCUAGCGAUCCUAAAGUGUACUUGAGCCAAAGAUCUUGCACAGCACACUCCAGCAUGCUGCUUGUGACUAAGGAGAUUUUACCAAAAGUCCCACUGCAGUUUCUGUGUGUUUGUUUUUAAAGGGGGGUUGUUGUUACCGUUGCCAUGGGAUUUAAAACAUAAUAAUAAUAAUAAAUACUCGCUGCCCAGCAAUGCUCCGACAGCACCCAGCGUGCUGCACCCUGGCAGGAGGCUGGCGAGCUUGUGUUUGGAGUAGUAGGGCCACUACCACGUUCUCCCCAGACUGUAGUGUUGUGUAGGCAGCCCAGUUUGCCACUUUAGCCCAUGCAACUGGCCCAUUCCUGUGAACCGUGAUGCUGGCCAAGACUUUCGUCAAUGAAUUGUUAUUAACACCUGUGUGGCAUCAUACCCUCACUGCUCGGGGCGCUGUCCCUGCUAGAACAUAGGAAAGCUCCCUGUCCUCUGAACUUAGCCUUUUACUUACUGUGAUUGUAAGUUGUAUUAACAUCUCUGUACCUCGUUCUCCUUUCAGUAGAAGGGGAAGAGUGUCUUUUUAUGUAGUUAGGUGCUUUGAAAGACUUCUAUUUUUUAUAUCAUCUGCUGAGUAGCCAUUGAUGAGUCUGCGAUUUCUGCGGUAAGGCGCCGUUUUGGGAGGGAAGGGUUCUGAAAAGAGCUUGGGAGAAGUCACAGUGUGUAAUCUAAGCAUAAAGUUUGGGUGCAAUGCUGAUGUCAGGAGGAUUAGUAUAAUCUUGAGAUGAGGAUAUUUAUUGUAGAUUGUGCCUCCUUGCUGGACAUGGAUAUGAUUACUUCUGGUUUGAUGUGUUCAGGUUAAAUGUGAGCAAUUCAAGAGGGAUGAUGAAGUAAAGACUUCGAGAGGCUAAUGAGGCUAUUUAAGGACUGGACAGCAUCGCUGUCAUGGGAUUCCUGAAGUUCUCCAUUUCCUGAUGACAGGUUGAUUCAGUUGAGCUAUAAUUGCUAAAUGAGCAGACAACAAACCCCUGUCUAUUAGUCUCAAAGUCUAGUGCUGGAAAGCGGAAAUUGAACAAAUCCAUGCCGUUGUUAGUCAACGAGGAGGAGGAGGAGGGUUGGGUUUUUUUCCUUUGCUGGCAGUUUUCUGAACAAGUUCAUAUUUUGAAAAGAGACUUUUCUCUGAUGAAAAGAAUGAAUUUGGAGAGAGUCUGUAGCAUGUGUUUUGGGGGGUGUCAGAUUCCAUUGUUUGCAGAAAAGACUGAAGACUGAGGAGUGGAUAGUGUGAAGAUUAACAGCAAUUUGUCAAAAAAAAAAGAAGAGUAAAAUGUUGAUGAAUUUUGUGUCCAGGGACCUGUUGAUUGACUAAAGAUCCUCUAAACUGACAUCAGCCUAAGGGAUAUAGGCAGUAUCACCAAGGCACUGAGCACUUCUGACCUUAGCUAAAGUGGGAAAGAUAUAGAGCAGGCUUCUCCCUGGAACCAACACACAAGACCCUGGUUUUCAUCCUUUCAGAUCACUUUCCCCGUGAACACCAGGGCCCGGAGGGCAGCGAGAUGGACCCGCAGUGGGUCAUGUCUGACAGAGCAGGCCCUGGUAGAUAAGCACUAUAGGAAUCUCAGGCAGAAAUGAAUUAUUUUGAUGAAAUGAGUCAAAAUCACUCGAGUUUCCCACUCCCACUUCUUUAGAGAGGGAGUGAGAUAACUAACCUUGAUGUAACUGUUUACAUGGUUCCUAUGCUAACGGACUGGCUAAACAAAUCAAGUCAACGUUUGGCUUUUCCAUCUUCAAACUCCCUGUUCAUUAGCUACCUGGCAAAGGAGCACAGUGUGUACUGUUGUGUUUCUUUUUAGGUUUGUUUCUAAAUAUGAUUUCUUUCUAGCAGGCUAUAAUUUUGGUACAAGAGCUGAAGGGUUGAUGUUUUGAACAGAUUGAUUUUUAUCCUGAAGCGAACAAAUGAGUCACAGUUGGCUAGUUCAUGUAAACCAGUCUGUGGUACAAGGUCAGGACAUGUUUCUAGUGAAGGUGGGAAAGCAGGUAGAAAAAUCAAGUUUCCCAAAACUUUCUUAGUUGUCCUUUAUGGAGUGAGCUCUGUUAAAAAGAUCACUGACCGUAUAGAGAUAAACCACUGUCUUGUACAGCCGCCUUGUACUUGAAGGUGAAAUGGAUGUCUUAGUGACUGUUCCCUGCUGCAAUGCCUUCAGCUGAGUUGAUUGAUAUGUGAAAACUGUGGCUGUUCAUCAGGGGGUUUAAAAUGUUACUUUUUUUUUGCAUAUUGUAUGUGGGAGCAUAAGCCAUCAGUUUGUGUAAAACUUAAGCUUUCUUUUAGAAUAUCGGCUCUUAAAAGAAGUCAGGUGGGUUCAUUGAUCAAAAAGGCUGUAUAUUGGACUCAUUUGUCUAGUAAGUAGCGUUCCAUUUUGCCCAUCAGAAUCACUGUAGCCAGUUGCUCCGAUGGGGUGGGUGUUUGAAGCCUCGUGACGCUCGCCUAGUAAUAGUAUUUAUGAUCAGUCCCAGGCAGCUUGGUCAAACCACAUCAACUUACAGCGUUUGGGAGCUACCCACUGCUUAAAGACUGCAUGUUCCACGUGCCCAUUGCCAUCAGGAGACUUCUCUGGUUCUUUCUCUUUAAGGACGGUUGUAGAAGGUUCAUUUUUCAACGACACCAUUUCCUGUUUCAAAAGGAAUCAGCAGUUUCACGCCAUCCCCAGUGGUUCACAAGUUAACUUUACAGGUCUUGUCUGUUUAAUGGUACCAUUAACAUAGAUGUUGGGGUUGUUUUUUUGUUCCAAUUACACAGCAUUGCAAUACAGUGCCAUUUUGCAAUUUCUUUGCAUCGUACUUGAAGAUAGGUUGAAUUGCAGACUAUUUAAAGCCGCUUUCCUGCGCUUCCAGUAGCAGUGAGAGCUUAACCUUACGUGAAGCCUUCAUGUAAAAUACAUUUUGUAACAACCUCCUAGAUCUUUAUCAAACCCAAGAUUUGUAUUAGCUUUGUAUAAAUGUUUGUGGCUUACAAUUUUAUAUGUUUUAACUUUUUAUAAACUUUCCAGGGACUACUUUUUAUUGUACAUUUGUUUUUGUUUCUCCUCGGCUUUAGUUUCAGAUUGGCAAUAAGUUAUUUCUAAGGGAGGUCUUAGAAGAAAAAGCAUCACUUCCUUUUUAUAAAAUGGUUACAUCUAUUCCUAGUUUCAGACCUCUUACACUCGCUUGUACAUGGCUCUGUACAUACUCUCAAAGUGUUGCCUUUCAGCUAUUAAUAUUUGCCUUGUGUACAAAAAUUACUGACAAUGAAUAAACAUAUACAGCCUCA